AAAAUAAAUUUGUAUUAACCACUCUUUAAAUUCAUCCUCUGGAUCUGUUGUACUCGUAUAGAGAAAAAAUGGCGUAUCCUGAGAGAUCUCUCAUUGUUGAUCCUAGAAGUGGUUUCUGCAAAUCAAACUCUACAUUCUAUAGCAAGCGCCAACCAUUAAGUCUCCCGCCAAAUCUUUCGCGUGACGUCACCACAUUCAUCUCCUCUCAGCCACACCGUGGCAAAACCGCCUUUAUCGACGCUGCCACAGGCCAGUGCUUAACCUUCUCCGAUCUCUGGAGAGCCGUCGAUCGCGUCGCCGACUGUCUAUAUCAUGAAGUCGGAAUACGAAGAGGCGACGUCGUCCUCAUCCUUUCUCCAAACUCCAUCUUCAUUCCCGUUGUUUGCCUCUCCGUCAUGUCUCUCGGCGCCGUUUUCACCACCGCCAACACUCUCAAUACUUCCGGUGAAAUCUCCAAACAGAUUGCCGACAGUAAUCCAACUCUCGUCUUCACUACGCGCCAGCUGGCACCAAAACUCCCCGUCGCUAUCUCCGUCGUUCUCACCGACGACGAAGUUUACCAGGAGCUCACUAGCGCAAUCAGAGUCGUUGGGAUUUUAAGCGAGAUGGUGAAGAAAGAACCGAGUGGGCAACGAGUCAGGGACCGAGUCAACCAGGACGACACGGCGAUGAUGCUUUACUCGUCGGGAACCACGGGACCGAGCAAAGGAGUGAUCUCGUCUCACCGGAAUUUAACAGCUCACGUGGCUAGAUUCAUAUCGGAUAAUUUGAAACGAGACGAUAUUUUCAUCUGUACCGUCCCGAUGUUCCACACCUACGGUUUAUUGACCUUCGCUAUGGGCACCGUAGCAUUGGGUUCAACGGUGGUGAUCCUCCGGAGAUUUCAGCUCCACGAUAUGAUGGAUGCGGUGGAGAAGCACCGAGCCACAGCUCUGGCUUUGGCGCCACCUGUUUUGGUAGCUAUGAUUAACGACGCAGAUCUGAUCAAGGCUAAGUACGAUCUGAGCUCACUGAAAACGGUGAGGUGUGGUGGAGCGCCGUUGAGCAAGGAGGUGACGGAAGGGUUUCUAGAGAAAUAUCCGACGGUUGAUAUACUGCAGGGGUAUGCUUUGACGGAAUCCAACGGCGGAGGGGCUUUCACGAAUUCAGCGGAGGAGAGCCGGAGAUAUGGCACGGCGGGGACGUUGACGUCUGAUGUGGAGGCGAGGAUCGUGGAUCCGAAUACGGGUCGGUUCAUGGGAAUUAACCAAACGGGAGAGCUCUGGCUCAAGGGCCCUUCUAUUUCUAAAGGUUAUUUUAAAAACCAAGAAGCUACAAAUGAAACCAUUAAUUUAGAGGGAUGGCUAAAAACUGGAGAUCUUUGCUACAUCGAUGAAGAUGGGUUUCUUUUUGUUGUGGAUCGAUUGAAAGAACUGAUAAAAUACAAAGGCUAUCAGGUGCCUCCAGCUGAACUAGAAGCUCUUCUGAUUACUCAUCCGGACAUUCUCGAUGCCGCCGUUAUUCCUUUUCCGGACAAAGAAGCAGGACAAUAUCCAAUGGCUUACGUGGUUCGAAAACACGAGAGCAAUCUCUCUGAGAAACAAGUCAUUGACUUCAUCUCUAAGCAGGUAGCACCAUAUAAGAAGAUAAGAAAGGUCUCAUUUAUAAACUCCAUACCAAAAACUGCAUCCGGUAAGACGCUUCGCAAGGAUCUAAUCAAAUUGGCUACUUCUAAACUUUGA